AUGGCUAAAACCACUGGCAUCACAGAGUCAAAAGAAAUUGCAGAAAGUGUCAGCUCAGACAAAGACAGUGUAAAACCGAAACAAACAGCGGAAGCUAAAUCACAGGAGCUAUCACCUCUACCUGUAACCACAAAAGUUACAGAAAAUAAAAAUGAGUUAAAAAAGCCUGGAGAUUACACCAUGGAGAAAGCUGUUAAACAGAAAAAGAAAAGGAAAAAAGGCAAAAAAGGAAAACAAGAAAAAGAGAAAGCCAGUAAAGCGGGUGUGAAAAAGGAAACUGACCGAUUGCCUGUAUCACCAGAGAAACCUCGUCCUAAGACACCAGAAGUUCCUUUUGUUGCUGGUCGUGCCAAAGAAAACAAAGUACCUAAAGGAUUGCAAUCACCACCGCAUACACCUUCAAGUGUGAAAAAGGAUAGGAAGACACCUGGUGCUGGUGACACAUCAAAAGAGCCAAAAACACAAGUAGAAUUAGAGGGUAAAAUGCAAAAAGGUAAAGUUUCCGAAGCAAAGAUAAAAUCAAAGUCUGGCAAAGGAAAAGAUGCUGUAGCUGCUGAAGGAAAGACCAAGAGUCCGGAAGCAAAUUCUCCAGUUAAAUCUGAAAGAGCGAAAUCUGAGACACCAUUAGAUGAAUAUGAACAACUCUCUCCUAUUCCUGCUGAAUCGCCUGAAGAUGAUUAUGCAUUUGUUCGAGUUGAAGAAACACCACUGCCAAGUGAACCCGAGGAACCAGUUGUUGAAGAGAAACAGGAUGACGAAAAAUCUCAGGUUUCUGAUCAAACUGCACCAACUGAGACUACUGAUAACACCGUUGAACUCUUGAAAGCUGCAGAAGACGAAGCAGAAAAUGAAGCCAAACUAGCAAAAAAGAAAGAAAAAGAAGAAAAGAGAUUGGCUGCUGCUGAGAAGCGGCGUCUUGAAUACCAAUUUAUUUAUUUCAAUACAUUUAGAGAGGAAUUGGAAAAUGAAAGAAAGAGGCGAGCAGGGGAGAUGCAACGAAAAAGAGAGGAAAUGGAAAAAGAAAAGGAGAGAGAAAAGCAAGAAGAAAUUAUGAGAAAGAAAAGAGAAGAACAACAAAGAGAGAGAGAGAAAAGAUUGCAGGAGGAACACAAAAGAAAAAUGGAAGAAUUACAAAAGAAAAAGAAGGAAGAAGAAGAACGAAAAGCCGAAAUUGCAAGAAUAAAAGCAGAAGAGGAAGAACAGGCUCGGAAAGAGGAAGAAGAAUUAAUGGCUCAAAUGGCUGAAGAGGAGAGAAUUGAAUAUGAGAGAAGAAAACGAGAGGAAGCAGAGCAAAAGAAAAUUGAAGAAGAACAAAGACGUUUGAGAGAAGAGGAAGAAGCUAAAAUAGCAAUGGAACAAGCUCGCUUGCAAGCUAUUAUCAAAGCCAAACAACAAGCUACAUUAGAAGAAAAGCUUAAAUUUGCAAGAGAAUUUUCCAUAGAAGCAAAUGGUAUGGAUCAAACUCAAAAUGUCAACAGAGCAUUCUCAUUCUCCUAUUUUGAACUUUUGCAACUUCUUGGACUGGAAUUUACUGCAGGAAAUGCAGAUCUGUAA